AUGGUUCUCUUCUCCUGCCCUGGACAUUUCACAGCGAAGCCGCAAAGAGCGGAGGCGCUGAGUCAGAAAGAGCGGUCGAGAGGACGCCAAGCCUCUGACAAGUUGUGGCGACUUGUCAGGGGAGGGACGCUGAGGGCUCCUCGCCAGAAAAACCCCUUUGGAAACCCGUCCCCCCUCAAAAAGGCUUUAAGGUGCGUUGUUUCGGCUGUCUUGUUACCUCCCUCAGCCCGCCCUGCCUGCCUGAGCACUCCGUCCCGCGGUGCCUACCUGAGGAGAGAGAGAGAGGGAGAGACAGAGCGAGGCUGUUGCCUUCUGCCGCCGCGGCUGGAGCCCUUCUGCGCCCAGCCCUGCGCCGCCCGCCUCGCGCGGCGGAAAGGGGCGGAGAACAGGACUCCCCGCAGCCAAUGGGGGCACCCCUCCCUCCCGCGCGCGAGGCAGGGGUACUGCGCGCGCUCACUCCUCCUCCUCCCCGGGGAGCCUACCUGGGCAGCGAAGCCGGAGGAGCGCGCGCCAGCAGAAACCUCCCUGUCCUCAGUCUCUAACCCAGGAGCUGCAGGGAAUGUCGAUAUGUUCGCCAGCAGGUGCAAAGAUUACUGCAGAUGCAGACUGCAGCCAGGAAAUUAGAAGACGUCUACUUCUUGGGAGGAGAACAAUGACCAACCUCGAUAAAAUAAUGAAGAGUAGAGACAUCACACUGGCAACGAAGGUCAACAUAGUUAAAGCAAUAGUAUUCCCCAUAGUAACCUAUGGAUGCAAGAGCUGGACCAUAAGAAAGGCUGAGCGAAGGAAGAUAAAUGCUUUUGAACUGUGGUGUUGGAGGAAAUUCUCCAGUCCAUCCUCCAGGAAAUAAUGUCCGCCUGCUCACUGGAGGGAAGCAUAUUAGAGGCAACGCUGAAGUACUUUGGCCACAUCAUGAGAAGACAGAAAAGCUUGGAGAAGAUCAUGAUGCUGGAGAAAAUGGAAGGAAAAAGGAAGAGAGGCCGACCAAGGGUAAGAUGGAUGGACGGUAUCCUUGAAGUGACUGGGUUGACCUUGAAGGACCUGGCGGUGGCGGUGGCCAACAAGAUGCUCUGGCGUGGACUGGUCCAUGAGGUCACAAAGAGUCGGAAGUGACUGAAUGAAUGAAUAAACAACAACAAAACGAAUGAAGUAAUAUAUAAUGCAAAAUAGGGUCAGAAAAUAUUAAUUUAUUUGCCAAUAUACAGAAGUACUGUAAGUGGUCAUGACUUGAUGUUUAUCUCAAGACAAUUGGAAUGGAUUAGAACAAAUUAUUUUUAAAAUAUUUGUAUUAACCAUUUCAAUAUAUUGAAAUAAAACUGAAAUCUACAUGGAAGUAAAAUAAAUAAAAAACAGUAGAAAAAAUAAAAAUUGAAAAAUAAAAACUAUAUAGACUACAUAAAAAUAAUAAAAUACUGACUUCCUGCUUUCUUGUAAAUGGUUAUGCUUCAAGCCCUAUUUUCUUUACUAUCCUUGCCUUUUAUAUGUAUAUGAACUACCCUGAGUCCCUUUGGGGAGAGAGGGCGGUCUAGAAAUAAAUAAAUAAAUAAAUAAAUA